GGUGAGUUAUAAUUUUUUUUUGCGACGACCACCAGGCUCGCCGAAAUUUGAUUUUUAUAUAAAAAAAAAUCGCAAAGAAAUCAACUAAAAUAUUUUCAAAAUUAAAGUGUGUAAAUAAAUGUUUAAAUUUUAAGAAAAAGACAUUAAAAUGGUUAGCAACGUAGAAGAAAGUUCUAAAAAAGUUCCCACAUUUCACAUUAUCCGUGAAGUUUACGACAGUACCAAUGCUCAUCAACGUUUUGAAGCCGAACUCGAUAAGGCUCUGGAGGCCAAGGUGGAUUAUAUUAUUAUAGAGCCACCGCGUUUGGGCGACGAAACUGGCCGUUGGAUAACAGUGGGCAAUUGUUUGCAUAAAACUGCUGUUGUCUCGGGUAUGGCUUCGUUGUUGUCAAGUCUUUUGUGGCAUAAUCGUCCUGUAAUUGCUGGUCCCAUGUGUGCCGUUUCGUUAUUUUGUACCGGUCUAUAUACAGUCUCAUGGAAUUAUGAUCCCUGCUGUCAAUACCAGGUAUUAGUGGAAAAUAAUGAAGAAGUACUCAAUAAACUGCCUUUAGCUGAUGUUUCUUCGCCUGUGAUUUUGGGCUAUCAACCCAAUACAAAAACCAAAUAUUUACAUCGCAGUGUUACUCUACUCUCGGCUGCAUUUUGUGCUUGGCAAAUCUGGCGUUCGUACAAGUAGUUUAAAUAAUUAAUUAUUAAACAAUUAAAUCAAACAACCCCAUAAACAAGUAAAGUUCGAAAUGAACAACUUCCCCUGCACAUUUGUUCAAAGCAGCUUUCUUUAAGGUUUAAAAGAAAAAAAAAACAAAUAACGAAAAUAAUGUAUUUUAAUAUUAAAGAAAAGGAAGAAGUGAGAGUGAAAAAAAAAAACGUUAAAAAAGAAACCAAAAUAUCUCAGUUUUAUUUUAUACUACUUGUUUAUUUUUUAUAAUUUAUUUAAUUAAUCAAUCAAUCAAUGAAGCCAGUGAGUGUAUUUUGUUAAAAACAAUAUGCAAUCCAUUAAUAAGUUUCUUAAACAAAAUAUUUUUUUUAAAUUACAUUAAAUGACAUGCAUUUUUUAAAAUAUUUAUAAAUUAGGAAGACAUUGUUAAAUAUAAUACGUUUAGCUUGUGGUUGUUUUUUUGGCUGUUCUUUUUUUUUAA